GCUGGGCAAGUUCGAUGUAACGAGAGAGGGAAGACCAAAUGGGAGCUGUCGGCUCCACCGAACGUGGGCAACACAGUGCACCCCAAUCAGCCCGCAGUAAGCAGCUUCAUGACCGCCACGACAGACGAUGCGAUCAAUUAUAGUUGGUGAGAAGGAUGAAUAAACUCAAAACCAUCAGUUACCAUGACACAGUGCUGCAUCCAUUAACUUGAUAAUUGUCGCAUGGUGGCGAUAAAGAAGCCUGCAAAGCGCGGUACUUUCUACGAUCUACUAUGCUGUGCUAUAUUGUAAUGAAUGCACGGAAAUAUAUGGAUAAAAACUGAAACAUUACUAUUGGUGUAUACAUUCGUUAUAACGCGAUUUGGACGAACAAAAUACAAGACAAGAAAGCAACAAGGGGUAUAUGUGUUACCGCCAUCUCUUGAUGGCAAAAUAUACUCAAUCGGAGUGUGUUAUUGUUGUUUUUGUGGCCAAAAAGACCCUUGUCUCUUGCCCAGAGGACAAGUACUGUUAUUUGCGUUGAAAGAGCAGUCGUUAUAUCGACGACGGCAAAGUGAACUACUCAUUGUCAAGUGUGAAAAAUAUCGGGGGACAAAAAAACAGGCGACGAAAGGCAACAUCAUGCCGAGGGCUCCUAAAGGCGGUGGAACAAGCCCAGCAUGGCGUCGACCGGGUGUGGCCCAGCUGCGGGCCCGCCAAAAUGUUCUCUUGGAGAAUGCUCAGAAAAAGUACUUCACACCACUUGACUUUCAGGUUGAGUUAGUGAGUGAAGCAAGAAACACAUCGGCUGGGAAUAGGGUGAUCUUCGUCAGUGGUCAGGACAAGGCUUAUCUUAUAGUGAAUCUCCUCAAAGAACUUGCGUAUCAAAUUCGUCCUAUUUCAUGCACUUCAAAGAAGGUCCUAAUUGUUUGUAAGAACUCUGAAGAAUUGGGAACUACGCGCUUGUGGAUUGAGGAUUACACUGAUCUGCCAUGCUGUUUCUUAGAAAAAGAAAAAGACGUUAAUACGAUGACUACAUCUUUACAAAGCUGUGGUGUUAUUCUCACACUUGCCGCAGCAAUUUGCUAUUUACCAGCGUUUGUACAAAUUUUAACUGUUGUACUAGACAAAUGCGACGUUCUGUUGCAAGACGAUACUGCAGAAGACCCGACGACAAAACAGACAAGAUUUCCAGUUCAGAACCUUGACCCAAUGAAGACGCUGGUCGAUUUCGUUACCGAUCGUAGGUUGCACGUUGUAGGGUUGACCAGCGCGUUGAGCGGUGUAGGAAGUGCCGAUACGGCACGAGCUCGAAUUCAACGUCUCGAAAAGACUUGGCAGGCUACAGCUACGGUUUGUAAUGAACUAACUGUCCUAUCGAAGUAUGGACCAAAACCUAUAGAAAAAGUAUUAGAAUAUGGGAUAUACUAUGAGAGUCAUCCAGAGUAUGAUUUGGCAUUGAAGUUAAUUGAAGAUAGCUUGGAUUUCCUCGAACUGUUCAUGAAAGCCAAAGGAAACCACUCGGAGGUCAUCCAAGAGGCGAUGCGUUACCCUAUGGAACUAGCGUAUAUUUUCAUCACGUUGGGACCCUGGUGUGCUGCUGAAGCAGCACAGGAAUUUUUAGUUGAGGUGUCCCGCUCUAUUGACAACAUCGAAUGGCUACAAGAUAUCCAGAUAUCGAUGACCACCUUACAAAUUGUGCACACGUUUCUACAGCAACUUCAUGCACUGUGCCGGAACCUUGUUACGAAGACGAAAUUCGAUCCUUUGAAUCCGGGUGCUAGGCACCCUGACAAAUUGGUGACGUUCCUUGAAGCGGUUGGGCUGUAUACGGAGCCGAAAAUGCUGCCGACGCAGCCCUCAGAAGACCGUGAAGGAAAGAAGACACGUCCUCACUAUGUGCCCUGGCACGAGGACCCUACCGCCCUUUGUGGACUGGUCAUAGUACGGCACCGAAUCACUGCGCUUGUGGUCAACAAAUGGUUGCAAGCUAUAGCUAAAACAAUGCCCAAACUUGCUUUCGUCAAGUCCAACUUCAUCAUCGGCCAAACAACGCUUGACGGCGACGAUCCAAAACUUGUCGCCGCUGGCCUCACUCGACAGGAAGAAGUGUUGCAAAAGUUCCGUUUUCGGGAGUACAACCUGUUGAUCACGACGACGGCUACUGAAGACACCCUCGAGCUGCCUCACUGUAACCUCGUAGUUCGAUUUGAUCCGCCGGAAAGUUACAAAAGUUACAUUGUGUGCAAAGCGAAAGCUAAAGCGUCGUCGAAAUGCGCUCGAUAUUUUAUCAUGUUAUCACAGUAUGAAACGGCCAAAUUCACUCAUUUGUUUAGUGACUAUAGAAAAAUGGAGCAACUCAUGCUGGAACGAAGUCAUCGUGAUGACAUCACGAUCGAGGGAGACGAAGGCGCGUCGCCAGCCGAUAAGGAGCGGUUCUAUCAACCGUCGAAGAAGGGCGAGUGUCUUAUGGCAACUCUGUCGAAUGCAAUCCCUAUAGUGAAUCGCUACUGUGCGCGCCUGCCGUCGGAUUCGUUAACAAAGUUGGCCCCCAUAUUUAGUAUCAGUCAAUUGGACGGUAAUAGAUUCCAGUGUACUUUGCGAUUGCCGGUCAACUGUCCGCUGAAAGAGCUGAUCGUUGGGGAAGCAAUGUCAUCACCCGUUCUGGCGAAACAGGCAGUGGCCUUAAAAGCCGUCGAGAUGCUUCACAAAGCAAAAGACAUCGACGAUCACCUGGCACCGUUAGGCAAAGACUCGCUCAAGGCACAAUUAGAGGAUCAAGUGGCGCCACUUAACGAAAUCGUCCCACAGGGUGCGCCGAGACCAGGCACAACUAAACGUAGGCAAUAUUACUACAAAGAGGUGGCUGACACAUUUAAAGGUGAUGUGACAACGAACCGAUUUUAUUUGUAUAAGAUGUCGAUGAAACUAGUAUGCGCAAUUCCCGAUGAGCAGAAUGCCAGAGCCAGAGAAAUAUAUGAUCCGGCAGAAACUCCUCGCGGGUUUGGCUUAGUAUCCAGCACGAGAUUACCGGCCUUAUGCCCCUUUCCGAUCUAUACACGCUCAGGUGAGGUGCUGGUAGAAAUUGAGGAAAUCUGUGAUACUGUUAAAACAUCAAACGAGCAGCGGAAAAUGGCUGAGUUUUUUCAUCUGUAUGUAUUCCGUGAUGUUCUUCGGCUGGAAAAGUUCCCCAUGAAGUUCGACCUUAAAAAUGCAGAGUGUGGCUUCCUUGUCGUACCUAUAACUGGUCAAUCGGUUGAAUGGGACUUUGUAAAAGAAAUUUACUUGCAAAGGGAUUUUAAACCUCAAAAAAUUGAAGAGGAAUUGAGAAAAAAAUUCGUAUUUAACAGGGAGCUGUUUGCUGAUGCAGUGGUGAUGCCAUGGUACCGAAACAUUGACAAACCACAGUUUUUUUACGUGGCCCAAAUUUGCGAUGAUUUAAGUCCGAUGAGUGGUUUUCCGGACAGCACAAUUGCAACAUUUGACGAAUAUUAUCGUUACAAGUAUAACAUCAAUGUCUGUAACAAAACACAGCCGCUUCUCGACGUUGACCACACAUCUGCUAGACUAAAUCUUCUCACUCCGCGGUACGUCAACAGAAAAGGAAUAACUUUACCCGCCAGUAGCGAAGAAACCCGAAAAGCAAAAAGGGAAAAUCUUCAACAAAAGCAGAUACUUAUUCCGGAGCUGUGUCUGGUACACCCAUUCCCUGCAUCACUCUGGAAAAAGGUGGUAUGUCUGCCAUGUAUUCUGUACAGAAUGAACUAUCUCCUUUUGUCGAACGAGAUACGGCUACGAAUUGUUCGAGAGGUUAAUAUUGGAACGGCAGAGUUACCCGCUGGUUUUAAAUGGGAAGCUCUCAAUUUUGGUUGGACUUUAUCCGAAGUAUUGGAAGACGCAGCGAACAAAGAAAUCGCAGCUGCUGCUCAAAAACCAGCCCGAGAGCCAGUUAGCGAAGAAAAGAUUGCUGAGAUUCGAAAACCAUUCAUCGGAGGGCUUCGUAAAGAAGGCGUUGAACUAACUCCCGCAGGAGAGCUUGUAAUAGAUACUUUCGACCCGUCAAAAGUCAAUAUCCCCAAUGACGAAGAACUUCUUGAGGCCGAACUGCGGGACGUUGAGUUUACUCGACCAAAUUUUGAUUGGAAACCGAUUCCAGGUGUAGAUGAAACUAGAGUUAGGGUGGGGUCACCAUCCCAAUUCGAGACCGAACAAGAAUGGCACAUGGACUAUGAAACCGAGUUUGUUAGCAUAGACGGUUUGCCUGGUCUGGGUUACAUUUCGGCACCUGGAAUGUUCAACAUUAAUGGACUUUCCGAGGCGCUUGUUCGUCAACGGGAUGAGGAUAUUUACGAUAGUGCGGACGAAGAGAGUUUGCUUGAAGAUAUGCAAAAUCCUGAUGAUGUACCAUUACCAGAUAAACAGGGAGGCGGCAAAGAGGAUGUCGAGUACAACUCGUUAUGGCUUUCACCGUGCAGCAACCUCCAGCAGACAAAGCCCCUUGAAGGUAUGCACACAGAUGCUGCUGACGUUUGCGAGGACCUACUAGGACUGCAGAUUCAGGUCUGCAAGGGAGGAAAAAUGGGGAUAAAUUUUUCAACAUUGCCGCUUAUUAAACGCGCCCUAAACUAUAUGGAGGCGCCGUCUGAAUUCGAUAUAAACGAUGACUCGAACGGCCUUAUCGAAGAUCACUAUGUGAGCAAUGAAGUCGUUUUUGGAGAAUUACUUCAAGGUCGUGAUGAAAUGGAGGAAGCUCCAUCUGAACUACGCCCAAUCCAUUUUGACGAAGAUGUCGAAACCGUCGGUCCAAGCCCUGCUAUUAUCUUGCAAGCUCUAACAAUGUCUAAUGCCAAUGAUGGGGUAAAUCUUGAGCGGCUCGAGACCGUGGGAGACUCGUUUCUAAAGUAUGCCGUUACUAAUUAUAUGUACUGUGCGUAUCCAGGGGUACACGAAGGCAAGCUAAGCUUCCUUCGCUCUAAACAGAUCUCUAAUGUAAACCUAUACAGAUUAGGACGUGACAAAGGUUUUGCCGGACGGAUGGUCGCUACCAAAUUUGACCCAUCCGAUAAUUGGCUACCGCCUGGAUUCUGCAUUCCGGAAGGACUUGAGAAGGCUGUUCUGGACGCAGGCAUGCCGAACAACCACUGCAACUUGGGACAGUUUAAGGAGGGAGCAAACGCUGAUGGGAACGGAGUUACUACAGACGAGUUCGUUCCGUACUCACUGUUGACCCACCAUUCGAUUCCCGACAAAAGCAUAGCUGACUGCGUUGAAGCCUUAAUUGGGGCCUACCUGGUGUCUUGCGGAAGGCGACGCACCCUUGAGUUCAUGACCUGGAUGGGCCUUAGGGUGCUACCCGUAUCCAAAACACCGAAUUCUAACGAAAGUGGAAAUGAGGCAAACAGAGCACAAAAUGGCCCCGGGAAUACACUGGAACACACUCUUCCAACUAUGAGGCCAUGCGAUGAGAUCCGUUCACAAUUUGCUGAAGUCCCGUCACCGUUACCGUCUUCGUACGACGAACGUCUUCUUGAUCGACUUCUGAAUGGGCAUCAAUCAUUCGAGGAGAAGAUCGGUUACCGUUUUCGCAACAAGGGAUUUCUCCUACAGGCUUUUACUCAUGCCUCUUACCACUAUAAUACACUAACAGACUGCUAUCAGCGGCUCGAGUUCCUAGGAGAUGCAGUUCUAGACUACCUAAUAACAAGGAAAAUAAGCAGAACCAUCCCAAUGAGAGAACAACAAAUCUGGUUGUACGUCCGCUAUACAUUGUGUAUGUGAUACAUAGCUACACAGCAUUGCUCGUUGCCCUCUGACCUUAUUCUGACUGGGAUGCGUUAAUGUUACGAAGUUAGUGACCAACCGCUCACUGACGGCCAGCGGAUGGUAAAGGUUAGUAUGGAUGCUGUACCUGCUUCAUAAAUCGUGCUUAUUGGCGAGUUAUUCGUCCGGGAGAUGGAUAACCAAGUACAUGUCAUGUAAACACGCCCGAAUAUAGUAGAUUCAGUCGUUCCUAAAUAUUGAGUUAAGAUCAAUGUAUCAGAUAGAACUUGUAUGUAUUGCUAUCUGACGCUAUCGCUAGAGUAUCGCUACUCUCGCGAGAUGGUGCGCGAAACCUACACGAGUCUUUUGGUAGCGCCAUUAGUACCAUGUAUAGUGCAUUUUUACGCAUUGUCGUUUCUAACAGAAAUUACUAAAGCGUGGUACCUUUAGACCACAUCGCUACGAAUCUUUCUGCUUAACAUCGUGUAGCAGUUUACUACAUAUGGUGUUAUUGGAAGUCACGUGGUCAUGUCCAACAUCCAAGCAUCGGCAAAGCUUUAAAGUUGUAAUGAAGUUGUAAUUUCUUUCUCAGUAUGGUUUCAAAAAUGCAAGAUGGUAACGAAAGCAAGCGCGCUACAAUUGAUAAACUGAAAAAAUUAUACACUCAAUAAAAUGUUUUUUUUUUACAAUUUUUAAGGUUAUACUUCUGGACUAGACUUAUGGAAUGCUUCCGAACACGGAAGCUGUAGCAUGAAAAAAGCGUACUGAUAGUCAUACUGGUCGGGCCGCAGUGUCGUGUGAUAUAGAUUUUGAAAAGAUUUGACAUUUUGAUUCAGUGGUACUGGGAAAUUGAAGGUAGCUUCCAUCAUAUAAGUCAAAGGCAAAAUAGGCACAAUACAUGUAAUACUUAUUUCGUUUGCCAACGACUUACAGUCUUGAGGGCGAAGUGAGCCACAGAUUUAAAAAGUGCUUCGGCCGAAACCUCAUCUUAGAAGACGACUUGGAAAACCUAACUGCGUUAAAGAAAUUGAUGUGAAAAUGUCUUGGUACACAUUGUCUUUUGGUAGACGAGACUAAGGACAACGUAGAAUAUAAGUGAGAGAAUAGCAAAUGCCUAACAAAAUGCGGAAAACUUAACUUUUGUUUGUUAUUGAAAUAUAUGACUUUUUACGUACUUAAACGUCGCUUUAAAUCGCUUUAAACGUAUUUACUUUUUUUUUUUUUGGCUCGUAGGUGAUUUUUCAUUAAUGCGAAUGUCGAGUGUUUUUACUGAUCGGUAAUUCUCACUAAACGAUUAUUACCGAUCUCUUAGAUGUAUUUAUAACAGAAAUGAGCCAUUUGUCCAGCAAAGCCCAACGAAUUCACUUUAUGGUUGUCAUUUGUGGGUAGCGGUGACCCAACCUGUCGAGGUAACAAGAGGCAUAUAGAAAAUUGCUUUGCAAAUCACCAGCAGCUUAUUAAUUAAUACAGAUAAAAGUUUGAUGAAAGUUUUGCUGAAAGCACACGGCUUCUAAUAGCAGCGAAAUUAAAGAUCAAAAGUUGAAAGAUAUUAAGCACAUAGCUGAAAAAAUUGUAAACUACAAAAACAAUACACAUAUCUCAAACACUUUUGGAUGCGGCGAGCAGCCAUUCGGCUUACGUGUUAGCAACAACCCUAAUAUAAUCUAGCGUAGUUGCGCCCUUAGGCCAAUCCACAAUAGUAACAAAGUCUUAUCGAAAUUUACUUUUUAGAACGACAAUAAUCAACUCAUCAUUCAUUAGAAUCUCAAUGAAGCAUCUAGGACGUCUACACUAUGACAAUCAAUAGUCGACCAAUAGAGUUUUAGGAUGGAUUUUAUUGUCGGAAUAGUUAAUGAUGAUUAGUCUUAAGCUCCAACGACAUCUCAAUCUAGCAGCCAAUAUCACACACUUCGCUCUCUAAUACGAAUUCAGUCAACUACAAAAAGUCAAAUCUCUCAGAAUGAAGUGCUUGGUAUUCGGCAAAGACCUGCCUCAAGAACUUGGACACAACAGUUACAUAAAUCGCGAUUUAAUGCAGUUCAAUAACUUUUAGUUCCUUUGUUUAUUACCCCACAUAAGGAUAAUGGAUUAACUAAGCGUUUUUCUUUAUUUUUAACAACGUUAUCGCUGGGCUGAAAAACCGUAUUACACGUUUUGUUGCCUAGCCAGAGACUGCCAAAUAAUAACCUUUUAGUUCUACUGGCCACACAAAGCGUUUUCACAUACGUUGUCCAGGACGGCGUUCUUCAGUGACUCAUCCAUGCAGUAGGUGAACCGCUAGCGAAACCGUACACAAUUACCGUAAGCCGCUAAAAGCCACAAUGUGUUCUCUAUAGUGUGAUCCCAUCCCCACAAACGCCGAAGGAUCAUUAUAGUUCAAUAGUAAGCCGUUUUUCUGAAAAUAACACGUUAAGUGUAGCAUUCACAGAAACAUACAAAACAUGGAUUCCUUAUACAUAUUAUCAAAUAUUUUGAAGUAUAUUUUUCUAAUAAAUGUUACAAGCUUUCACGUUUUUUUUAUAAUAAGUUAACUGGAAAAUACCCUUUCCUGGGUUACAUUAUCAAUUUUCUUUGAUAUCUGUUGCGACUAUAAUAUUUUCAGAGGUCGUUAUUAAUCUGUACCGCUCUACAACUCACUUGACCAUAUUAAUAGUAUUCUAGGUAGGCAGUGGUAGUGCUAUUGACCACUUGUGAUCACGAAACUACGAAAACUAACACUGACGUGCGAUGUUAUAGAGCAUACACAUAUUUAAUCUCAAAAUAAUCGUUAUCCAUCCUAGUUUACUACGAAUAUAUAUGAUCGUUUGUGUCCAGAUUGGUCGAUAAUUUGUUGUUCUAAAAUGUGUACUCAACGAAAAAAGAAAUUCUGCAAACAGGAUUUUAGAGUAGAUCAUGAACCUUGCGUUGGUUGUCUCCAAUGACGCGAGCAGGGUAUUAAAAAAGCCAGGUUCUCUAGUGUAUCCGUGGAACGUCCCAAAUCGGGAUAGCAUACUUGCUAAAUAUUUAUAAUAGGGUUAUAGGAAAGGAUCACGAAACAUGCGUUCGACAAACCUUUACCACUAUGUCUAAUAUAGUUCACAUUUAGAAUGAAGGGACUAAUUCUCAACCGCUUGUAUUUCAUGCUGUAUGCGCAUGUUUGUUUUUAGUAUAAACACGUUCCAUGGCAAAUUUAAAAGCCCUACUUUUAGGCACAACACUUUAACCGAUGAUGAUAAUAAGUUGAAAGAAUAUAUUACCCGGUAAGACUAUUCAAGCUAUCUUUACUUAGAAUUGAAUAUAAAUAAAAAAAAAGUCCAGUGUCUCCACCGGAUCAUCGACUUGGGCCUGAAUUAAUUAAUUGGCGACAAAACAGCGAUCCCCAAUUUAGAGAACUGAUGCCUUGUUAGCAGUUGACCGUUGGAGAAUUUGAGUAUUGGCUAAAAGCCAGCAUACUGAAACAUAUCUGCAAAAUCCAUUUUUUGUAUGAAUGGGACGGUCUUUCGGAAAUACAUGCGAUGUAGGUUGAAAUCUAGUCGUUACGCAUCAUAUCCUCUUAUUACCUCAGUCUAUAAAACGUUAUAGGCAAACGUCCUUAGACCUCUUAUACUUGAAACUCAAUGAAAAACAGCGAAUUCCUCAAUUGGAAAUUCAUCCUACCAGUAAAAAAACGAAACUGAACUUUAAUCUGGAUAAUACAUAAGACACUGCACAUGACAUAAGAUGGUAAUAUUAUUUUACUCAUCCUCAAUGGAUUUGAUACGAAAUUAUAUUUUUUCUGUAUGUUUUACUGUAGUCAACAAACAAAGCACUUUUUCAGCACGAUUGAAACCGAAUGACUGCUUUAAUAUCUAAUAUUCAUUGAACGAACUCCUUUAUAGGAAUUUAAUUAUUUUUGUAUAACCAAUAAUGGUGUAGGGAUUUAUAACUAUACUUAGAUAGGAGUAAAAUCAAACUAACCAUAACAUUUUAACAUGGCAUAUACACAACAGCUUGUUGCUCAAUAUUAAAAAGUAGAAAAAUGUGCCGAGAAUAUAAGAAGCCCUGCGACCCUGUGUUUCAGUUGUUUUUUUUAAAUAUUUUUUCGUUUAAAAGGUCAUUAGAGCAAUCCACAGAACAGACAACCUAAAAACAGAAACAAUGUGAGUUUAGCUCUAAUUACCGGGGACAAUAUACGUCCCUAAUGAACAAAAGUCUGUCUUGACAGUCCGACUCGCUGUUUCGCCAAAAAUAUAUCAAGAACGUUGAGUCUUAGAGGUAAAGAUACAUGCAUGUCACGCUCCGAUAAAGAGAAUCAUCAACAAGUUUCAUUCAGCAGUGACAGUGUUCUACAUAAAUUGUGUACAGCUGGAUGGCCCACACGUGCCCGAACUGGGGCCUUCAAGAAUUCAAACACUCAUCGACGCUCCCUAUAAUAUCCUUCAUCCAUAAGUGCCUCGCUGCCCUGCAUUUAUCUGUCUCUAGUGUCUGAGUCUGAACCCUUAGCCAGGCCGCUCGGUGUACGCGACAACCAGCACAUUAGGUAGGUAGGUCUAGCCAUGCCGAGCCAGCAUGCAAUAAAU